AUGGCUAAUGGUGAAAAGUUAAGCCGUAAGAUGAUUUUUCCGUACACAUUCACAUCUAAGGUUGUCCAGUUUCCCUAUAAACUACACUUCAAUAAUCACUGGAUGUUUCCGUGGUUCAUUGGAGCAACUAUAAUUUCAUCACCUAUAUUUUAUCUAAUCCAGAAAGCUGCCAACAGUGAGGCAAAUGUAAAAUUAUGGGCCGAGAGAAGGAGGAAAGAAAAAGAACAUUACAAACACAAGUGGGAUUAA